AUUUUUCGCCGCUUGGGCGCCGCCAUUUUAGAUUACGGCAGAAUCUCCGCCUUCCCUAGCGCAACCUCAUAGGGUGCCGCCAUUUUGGCUUACGAACAAGACAGCGACCCGCAGGGGUCCUCACCCCCUCCCUUCCUCCCUUUAGGUGUCUUCAUAAAAUGCCCGUGGAGAAUCCCCUCUUUUUUCGCCCCGCUCCCAAGAUGGCGUCGAUGCGGGAGAGCGACACUGGCCUGUGGCUGCACAACAAACUGGGCUCCACAGACGAGCUGUGGGCGCCGCCGAGCAUUGCCUCGCUGCUCACGGCUUCGGUGAUCGACAACAUCCGCCUCUGUUUCCACGGCCUCUCCUCGGCCGUCAAGCUCAAGCUACUCCUGGGGCCCUUCUUGGACGGGGAUGGGGAGGAAGAAGGUCUCGGCUGGCAGAGCGGUCCGUUGAGGCCCAGCUCGGAGGACUCGGUCCUUGGUGUGAGGAAAAGCGCUCAGAUUCCCCGUGUGCGUGAUCAUGGUUAUGUGGUCAGUUUAACCCAAAGCAAAUCGGUAGUGCUGCUGAAGAUGAUGAAAGGGGCACUGACUGAAAUUAUCCAGCUCGCUACCUUGGAUUCAGACCCCUGGGUCUUAAUGGUAGCUGAUAUUUUAAAAUCCUUUCCAGAUACUGGCUCCCUUAACCUUGAUCUUGAAGAACAGAAUCCCAAUGUUCAAGAUAUUUUAGGAGAGCUUAGAGAAAAAGUAAGUGAAUGUGAAACUUCAGCUAUGUUGCCGUUGGAAUGCCAAUACUUAAACAAAAAUGCCUUGACAACACUAGCUGGGCCACUUACUCCCCCAGUGAAACACUUCCAGCUGAAAAGGAAACCUAAAAGUGCCACUCUCAGAGCUGAACUCUUGCAGAAGUCAACAGAAACCGCACAACAGCUCAAGAAGACUGCAGGAGUGCCUUUCCAUGCCAAAGGCAGGGGACUGGUCAAAAAGAUAGAUACGACAACACCACUCAAAGGAAUACCAAAACAAGCUCCGUUCAGGAGUACUUCAGCACCUAGUGUAUUUAGUCCUUCUGGAAACAGAACUCCUAUUCCUCCUUCAAGAACGCCUUUGCGCAAAGAAAGAGGAGUAAAGCUUCUAGAUAUCUCUGAGCUGGAUAUGGUAGGUGCUGGCCGUGAAGCAAAGAGAAGAAGAAAGACAUUAGAUACAGAAGUUGUGGAAAAGCAAGCCAAAGAAGAAACAGUAGUAGAAAAUGCUACCCCAGAUUAUGCUGCUGGCCUUGUGUCUACACAGAAACUUGGCUCAUUGAACAAUGAGCCUGCACUACCUUCUACAAGUUAUUUACCUGCUACACCCAGUGUGGUGCCGUCUUCCUCGUAUAUCCCAAGUUCUGAAACACAGCCAGCUGGCUCUGCACGAGAGGCCUUGCAGACUAACAGACAGACUGAAGAACCUGCAGCUCCAAAUGCUACCACAACUCUUCCUGCACAAUUCAAACAAAGAACACCCAUGUACAAUAGUAACUCUAAUCCACCUGCAGCUACACCUACCUCACCCCUAACACCUAGCACACCUCCUGCCAUUUCCCCUGCAGCACAAGCACCACAAGUGGCCCCCCAAACUCAGCAACAGCCACCACCGAAAAAAAGCCUCUCUCUCACAAGGGAGCAAAUGUAUGCUGCGCAGGAAAUGUUCAAGACUGCAAACAAAGUUACAAGGCCAGAAAAGGCUCUUAUACUUGGCUUCAUGGCAGGAUCCAGAGAGAAUCCUUGCCAGGAGCAAGGUGACAUCAUCCAAAUUAAACUUAGUGAGCAUACAGAAGAUUUACCAAAGGCAGAUGGCACUGGCAGCACUACUAUGUUGGUUGAUACAGUCUUUGAAAUGAACUAUGCUACUGGUGAAUGGACCAGAUUCAAGAAGUACAAACCUAUAACUAAUGUUUCCUAAGAGAUGCAGCAACAGCAGACUGGACCAAAUCAAGCUGAUGAGUCAACCAGCUCAUAGAGUAUGUCAACUGUACAAAACGGCAUUCAUGUGUACAUUUCUUAGUAUCCUCCAGAGUAAAAGUUGUGGCUCUUCAACCUAACUGGGCUCAGUGAACACAGAAGAAGAUGGUGUGAAACUCGCUUUUUUUUUUUUUUUUUUAAAUCUUGGGAGAGGGAAAGCUCAUCUUAGGGGGGAAAGUUUUGGGGUGGUUUUUAUUCUCCUACAGUUCAAGAUGCCGGAAAAGGAGAUCAUGACUGAAAGAUUACAGAUGGGAGCAGUUAACUUCUAAGUACCGGAAGAGAAGACUACUGCACAGUCAUUCGCGGUUUACGAUUAAACGAGGGCACAGAUCUUUAUUGUAAAAAUAUUUUCUUUGGCUACAUGGGUUCUAUUGUAAGAAUGGACACUUAAAGCACCACCAGUCAGUACUUGAUUAUUUUGUAAUUCAGCUGCAAUAUAACUAAAUAUUGCAGGUGGUAGAUGUCCAGUGUCUAAUGGUACCCACUGUAUGUUUAGCUUAUUUAUGCUUGGGUCGUAGGAUGGGAUUGAGCAGCUUUGUUAACUCGCUAUAUUGUCAAUGUCCAUGCCCAGCAUGAGUUAAUCUGUUUGACAUUAUUUGAGAUCAAGAGAAACCGAGUAUCUUAACUUUCUGAAGAAAAAGCCAUCAAAAUUAAGAAAAAAGAAAAGUAGUGGUGGCUUGUCACUGCCUGGAAGUGAUAGCUCUUUACCAUGUAAGUCUUAGGGUAGAAGCUGAUCUGUGGCUCUCGCAUAGUAAGCCUUUUGAACAGCAUAACUUACCUGGGAGGAAGUGAUACUAUUACAUCUCAAGACCAAUUGCAGCUUAAUUUAAAAGUGGCCCUAGAGAUGGUUGAGUGACACAUACCUGAAUAUAGAUGGCUGGGAAGAUUUGUUGUCUUGAGGUAGUGUUAAUUUAUGUUUGGUUGAGCAGUCAUAAGGCACUGGAUUGCCAAGCCCUGAUCCAAAAAGUUUUGAAUGGCUGUAGCUGUGUUUUUUACCAGUGUAGAUAUAUCAGUAUAAUCACUAAUGUGGCCACAAUUAUACUGGCAUAUAAAUGUGCCUUAUACUUGUCCCCUUCUAGUAGAAGCACAUUUUUAUCUUUAUAACUGUGUUCACACCACUGGUAUAAUCUGGCUUUAAUAGUACAAAUAAAGCUUGCAUUUAUGGAGAGGGCUUAUGUACAUAGUUCAGGAUUCAUCCUUUGGAGACUCGGCUUCAUCAAUUGAAGGAGACAUGGAUUAAACGUCUGGUUUCUGCCAGUACUUGUAUGUGGAGCUGUGCUUGGUUGGGAACAGUGCUUAGAAGGAAGAAAUACGAAGAUGAGUAGCAUAAUGGUGGUUUGGUGCUGAGGAGGUACCUUGGGCUGACUAGAGGUUCAUGUUAAAGUGGAACUCUUGGGACAAAAUUAGGCUUUUUUCUUUUUUUUUUUUCUGAAAAGAAAGCAGACCAAAUCCCAUAAGUACUCUUAUAUACUAACAAAGACGUUUAGAUGAUUGAUUAGUCUUUUUGUACUGGGGAAUUUUUAUUGCAUUUUAUCUUUAGUUUUUCAAACAAAUUAUCCAACAGGACAGGGCAAGUAUAAAUAGUAAGAAAAUCUGUAUCCUACAGUGUUUUAAGAUGUGACCAAAAGUAUAGAUUUCUUAACUUUAUUUAAGCAAAUAUACAGAAUGUUCUAGCUCCUGUAGUGGGCAAGUUAUUUGAUGGUACCUGCUACCAUUACAGAGUGUUGUGCAUGUAUUAGUGUGAAAGUUACUCUCAUAACUGUCACACUGGGGGCUCUCCUCCACGUAAUUACGCCAUUUCAGAAGCAAUGUAGAUUGUGAUUCUGAUUGCGAUUUUUCUUUUAAACAGCUAGCAACCAGCCUGACAAGUGAGGAUGAGUAGUGGGUUUUAGUUUUUAGAAUGAGUUCAGUAGAAAUGCGUUUUCAUGGUUAUAACUUAUUUGAUUAUAGUAUGUUACACAGUAAGGGCUAACAAUAGAAUAUGAAAGUAUUCAUCUUUUAAAAGAAAGGUUUAAAGAAAAGUGACAUUCCUUUUCUUGUCUGCAUUCAGAUUUUUAAAGUUUUCUUGUGAUGACCAGUUUUCUGUAAACAUGUAUGAUACUUCUGUCUUAACUGUUCCUGCUUGCUAGAUAAGCUGCAAGUACCAAAUACAGUUUUUAAGAAAGAACUUUUAGAAAAUUGGCUGACUUGAGGGGCAUGUACUGUCAUUGUAAAUUGUUGAUGCAAGACUGUGCAAUUCAGUAGUGAUCAGGAGCUGCUGUGUGAUGGCUCUUUUGGCUUACUUGAGUUUCAUGGGGCUCCCUCGCUAAACUUUCUUAGUCCGCAGAAGUCUGCAUUUCAGACCUGUGCUGUCAGGAUGGAGACAGCUGUCCCUCUCUUCUUCAAGAAGCCCUUCUAGAAUGCAGUAGUGUGUAGGAAGCUUAACCAUGCUGCUACCUAUUUGUAUUUGCUGCAUAACAAAGUUGGUCUCCAGGCCUGUUUGUCUAAAGUCAGUCAUAUGCAAUAAAUUGAAAUUUUAAAUAGAAGCAUAGUAUGUUUUUAAUUCCGUUAUUAGAAUGAGACAAUUUAACACUGCAAAAAGAAUUUAUUUUUAAAGUGAAUUUAUGACCCUCAGUACCAGAGCAUUACUUCAACUUAAUCUGUGAAUCUAGAAAGUUUUUUAAAUGCCUAAAGAAAGGGAAGUUUUUGCAACGUUGUUAAAAUGAUACGGUAAGAAGUAAAACUACAUGGAGUUGUUUGGUUCAGAGAAUGAAAUCAUUGAACCAGUGGCCUGAAAGUAGGGAUAAUGCCAGACAAUUCAGAAAGGGCAACAUCAACGUUUAAAUUCCAAUAUCAUUGAAUUGUUGCAUACGGAACAAAAUCUGGCCGUGGAACUUAAUAUUUUUUUGUCUUGAAUAUUCAGUCACUUGGAUGUUAGCUGGAUUCCAUUCAGUGAGGCUCAAUGUGUGCUGUUAGAUUAAAAAAAAAAACAUUUGUUGACUCUAGAAUGACUUGCAGAUGUACUGAUAAAUUGACCAGAGUAGUAGUUUAGAGUUUUCUUAAAGCUUUGUUUUU